GAUGAUCCCACCUCACAAAUGAGUCUGCACGGACGGAUUCGCCCAUGCCAAAAUCAUCUACAGUCUAUCAAGUAUGAAAAAGAUCGCACAGGCACCUUCAGGAGUCGCCUGCUCAAGCUCAAGGAGGGUCCUUAUUUCUCGUCCAGACCAUAACCAUGACCCCCGCAGGUCUCAUUUACGUCGGCACCUUCAUCGACGCCCCCACGCAUGAGGCGCUGAGGGUGCGGACCAACCACCUCUGCAUCGUCGACGGCAAGGGUAGGAUAGUUCUCCUCCACCCGCUGCCCGAAGGUACCACGGACGAUGUGGAGAAGAUCAAAACAUUCGUUGCGGAGGAGCACCGUGGCCUCGAUGUCUUGCUCAUGAAGGAAUGGGAGUUCAUCUGUCCCGGUAUGAUCGACUGCCACAACCACGCCCCGCAGUACCACCAGAUCGGGACCGCCACGGACUACACCCUCUUCAACUGGUUGUUCAAUGUGACCUUCCCCAACGAGGCCAAGUGUCGCGACCUGGACUACGCGCGGGACCUCUACACGAAACUCGUACGGAGGUUGCUCCGCAAUGGGACGACCAGUGUGCAGUUCUUCGCGACGAACGACAUCGAGCCAACCAAAUUGCUCGUGGACAUCUGCGCAGAGCAUGGGCUCCGUGCUUUCGUGGGGCUCGUCACAGCCGACAGGGAUUCACCGGACUACUACAUCCAGACCACGGAGGAGGCUCUCUCGCUCACCGAGUCAUUCAUCCAAUGGACACUAGCGCACCCGUCCGGACGAGACAAGCUCGGCGAGCAAGACGCACUGGUGCACCCAGUCAUCACACCGCGCUUCGUCCCGACCUGCACGCUCCCCCUACUGCACGGCCUCGGCGGGCUCGCAGCCAAAUACGACGUCCGCGUCCAGUCGCACGCUGCCGAGACCGUCGACCAGGUCCUGCGCGUCAAGGCACUCCACCCGACGAUCGGCGGCGGGCGCGACGUCGCGAUCUUCGAGUCCUGCGCGCUGCUCACCGGGCGCACGACGCUCGCGCACGGCACGCACCUGCGCGACUACGAGGUGCGGCGCAUGGCGGAGGUCGGCGCGGCCGUCUCCGCGUGCCCCAUCGCGAACAUCCUGCACUCGCGUGCGGUCGUGCCUGCACCGCGCUACAAGGCGCUCGGGCUGAAAGUCGGGCUCGGCACGGACAUCGCGGGCGGGUACUCUGCGAGCAUGCUUGGUCCGCUGAGGAUGGCGGUCGUUGACGACCGCACGGACUCGUUCGUGAAGGUGGCGAGGGAGGACAUGCCGCUCGAGGAGUAUCCGGACCCGGACCCGAAGACCGAGUGGCCUGUGGGGCAUGUGUGGGCGUACCAUAUCGCGACGGUGGGCGGGGCGGAGGCGCUGGGGAUCGCGGAGCAUGCUGGGACGAUCGACGUGGGGAAGCACUUCGAUGCGGUGCUGGUUGACGGGAACAGGGAGGACCAGGCGUAUGAGUAUUGGCCUGCGGAGACGAAGGAGAUACGGUUCGAGAGGUGGAUCAACACUGGCGAUGAUAGGAAUGUGAGGGGCGUGUGGGUCCGGGGCGCGCAAGUGGUUUGGAAAGAAUAGGUCACCGUCAAGAGGUCUGUACGAUCCAGUGUCCUGUACAGUUUACCUGUAAACCGACACAACAGACAGCAAAGUAUGGACUUCAGUGUGCAUCAGAAGACAAUUCUGUACAAUACCGAAACGAAACUCUAUCGUAUCGUAUAACCAAAGCCACCGCGGACAAGUUCCGGUCCCCUGAUGUCACGACUCAUCCAAUGAGUCAAGGAGAUGCAAGCUUUGUGAUGAUGCACCUUCGCAGAUGUAGCGAUCCUCGAGCCCGGCCUGGUCCCGUCACAUCU